UCCUCACUCCAGCCAGCAAUGACAGACGAUCCCGCCGCCGCGGGGCCCGGCCGAGAAGCGCCGCCGCCGCCGCCGCUGGCCCGGCCGCCAAGGCCGCUCUCCGUCGUCUCCGCCCUCCCCUUCUGGUUCUACCUCACCGCCGCGGUCUCCCUCCUCGCGCUCCUCCUCCCGCACCUCCUCUCCCCCCACGCCCCCCCUCCCCUCCCGCCUCUCCUCCGCCGCCACCUCUCCGACGGCCGCCUCCUCAAGCUCCACCCAGGCCCCGACCUCUUCGCCGCCACCUCCCGCCCCGCCGCCCACUCCGCCGCGCACCACCACCCCGUGCUCGUCCUCCCGGGACUCGCCGCCGGAUCCUUCUCCUUCCGCCGCCUCCUCUCCUCCCUCUCGUCCCAUGGCCUCGUCGCCGCAGCCGUCGACCUCCCUGGCCAGGGCCUCUCGCCGCCUCCGUCCGCCCCUCCUCCCCGCACGAACCCGCUCCGGGAGAUCAUGGACCGCGGCAUCUUCCACGCGUUCGAGCACCUCGUCGAGACCGGCGAGGUCCCGUUCCAGGAGACGGCCCCCGAGCCGUCCCGCUCCUUUUACGCGGCCAGCGAGGCGGCCGCGGCUGUGGCCCGUGCGGUGGACGCGCUCGGCCUCGCGCCUGUCCACCUCGUGCUCCACGACUCCGCCCUCGCCGCCGGCGCCGCCUUCGUGUCGGCCAACCCGGCGGCCGUGCAGAGUGUCACUCUGAUCGACGCCACCGCCACCUUGCCGGCCUUCCCGGCGGCGGUUCUCGGCGUGCCGGUGCUGGGGAGGCUGGUGCUGCGGGUGCCGGCAUUGUUCAAGGGGCUGAUGCGUCUGUCCUGCGCCAGGGGGAUGGAUGCAGAGGAGGCCGACGCGCACAGGGCGGCGAUGCGGGGGCAAGGGAAGGGCGAUGCAGUGUUUGAGGCCUGGAAGGCCAUGAAUCACAGCUUUGACCUGACAGAGUGGAGGAGUUCUUCAGAGGAGGUGAAGAGGCUGCCGAUGAUGGUUCUGUGGUCGGGUUCUUGGUCGGAUAUGUGGAUCGAUGAGGGGAAGAAGGUGAGCAAGGCGUUGCCGGACGCCAAAUUCGUCUACCAUUAUGGCGGCCGAUGGCCUCAGGUGGAUGCAUAUGAGGAAAUCUCAAAGUUGAUAGCAGAGUUUGUGACCAUGUUACCAACAACUGCGACAGAACACGGGUCGGAGAAUAUGGACCAAUCAUCCGACGAAUCAGCAGAUGCUCACAGCGAUCAUCCAGUUUCAUGAAAACCAGAACUAUCUGAUUCAUGGUUAAGAAAUGCCUUGCAAGCAUCCAUAUGGCUCGACCAAUCGAUGUUCUUCUGCCUUGGACAAGUCUUAGCUUGUUCUGCUAGAAGGGGAUGAUGGUCUCUUCUUUACAAUCGCCCCGUUGCUAUCCGUUUCCCGCUUCAUGUAAAUGGAUAUCUCCCGGUGAAAGUUUGAAAAAACUUCACCUGUAGCGCCUCUUCUAUUCAUCUUUCAGGUGAUGCUGUCAAAAUGUAACUUGAGACUGUUUUGCCUCAGGGAAGUAGGGUAUUCUGUAAUGAGGUUGCGCGCAUAACCUGAUUUAGUGUAACUUUUUUUUGUUGCCAUGGAUAGGUAAAUGUACUCCUGUACUAACCAGUGCAUUGUACACCCAGAUAAGUUUACUUGCACUUGAAA